CGGCCAGCAGAGGGCGCAUAGCCGCUCACAUUGUUCUCUGGUGACACUGUGCUGGCGUGAGCGGCGGCUGUGUAGUAAUAUUACUAGAGUCACCGCUUCCUGGUGCGAUGCCAGCUCACUUCUACCGGUUCCUCCACCGCCGCUUCCUAGAGGGAUUCGUGUUGGGGGCGACGGUCAGCAGCGCUUCUUGCCUGGCCGCCCUGUAUCUGUAUGACCGGAGGAGAGAAGAGCCGGAGCCAGUAAUAAAGUCACCAGUGGAGGAAUUUGGAUUCCCGCAGAGCGGAGCAGAGGCCAGACAAUAUAUUAGUCAUGCGUUAUCCUAUGAUCAAGCCAAGAAGAUACCUCGAUGGGUGAUUGAACAUCUAACAACAGAGAAAACUAUUGGUAAUGCUGACCGGAAGCAUUGUAAAUUUAAACCAGAUCCGAACAUUCCACAAGUUUUUAGUGCAACCAAUGAAGACUAUUGGCAUAGCGGGUGGUCCAGAGGUCACAUGGCACCAGCGGGGGACAGCAAAUAUUCUACAGAAGCUAUGGCGGAAACAUUCUAUCUUUCCAACAUCGUGCCUCAAAACUAUGAGAACAAUGCUGGCUUCUGGAACCGGAUUCAUGGUGGAGGCCAUGAAGGACCUUGGCAUGCUGAAUGUACGGGCUACUUCUAUGGCGGUCUUGGCGCGCAGAGGACUCUGGCUACGCCAAUGGACUGCGGAUGCAGAAUCCGAGAGAAGCGUGGAGAACCCACCCUUCACAGGUCAGGCUCUGUUUGGGGACGCAUUGGAUGCAUGGAUCUCCACGGCAACUGCGGUUUUGAAAUGUAUUGUCGAGACCUGACAAAGAGAUUUGAUGAUGUUUGGGUGGUAAGCGGGCCUCUGACAUUACCCGUGCAACAUGAAGAUGGCAGUAAAACUGUCACUUAUCGGGUGAUUGGCAAAGAUGAUGUAGCAGUGCCCUCACACUUAUACAAGGUGAUCCUUGCCAAGAAGAACCAGUCUGCUGAGCUGCUGGCUGAAGGAGCUUUCAUCGUCCCCAAUGUACCCAUCAGCUUUGAUCACCAGUUGCCUGAAUACCAAGUCCAGCUGGAGGAGCUGGAGAAAUUGUCUGGGCUAAUUUUCUUUCCGAAAGUGGAUAGAUCUAAAGGUGUUAGGAACAUUUGUGAGGCGGACACCUGUAAACUUAUUCAGCUGGAAGAGUUCAAGUUAUUCAUCGCCGGGCGGAGGAUGAAAAACGCGCGAAACCUUCAAAAAGUUGAGAAGAUUAUGUCAGAAUUGAUGGAGGCUAACAUAAAGCCUGACCAAUAUCUCACCGAUCUAUAUGAACAGAAAAAGAAAGAGCUGGCAUCAGACGAUGCCUCUCCUGUGCGAGAAGGAAGGAGAGGCUAAUGGGGGAAUUCAUAUGUUCAUUAUAAUUCCAAUUAGGGAUAUAAACAAAUUUGUAUUUGUCUCUUAAAAUUCUUCCUCUUAAUUCAUUUCUCUGCCAAAAUUGUAUAUAUUUUUUACUUAAAUAUCCAAAAGCAAAGAGAAUGACCGCAAAAUUGUAUUAAUGUAUAACUCAUUAUCUAGAACAGUGGUUCUUAAAUUUGACCCUCCAGUAUACCGACAGGUCAUGUUUUCAGGAAGUCUGUCUGUGGAAACAGGUGGGAAAAUUACUGAUCCAGUAAAAUAUAUUAAUGCACCUGUGUGUGUGAUUAAAGAAAUCUACAAAAAUUAACAGUUGGAGGUGGUAUGGACUGGGGUUGGGAACCACUGAUCUAAUGGUAUUUUCACUGAAAGAUGCAAAAUAUUGUGGGGGGGUUUUGUAUCAUUUUGGAUGCACAAUGUGAUUUAAAUACAAAAAAAUGCAUUCAGAAAAUAAUUCCUACUGCAAAAAAAAGUAGUACUGCAGCAUUUUCAUGUAUUUUAUAUUUACCUUUCUAUAGGCUAAACCACAAAAGUUUGAUAUUGCCUUUUGCUACGUAAAUCAGAAUGAUGUACAGUAUAUCAUGUUCUUCUUUUACAUUUAACUCAAUAAAUUAGGUUCUGGCCAAAACAUGGUUAAUUAAAAAAACUUCCAGUGUAGUUAAUGAUUUCCGAUUGUUUGUGCCCAAUUUGUUUGAACAGGGGUCAGUCAGGGUAGACAAUAAAGUCAAUGGAUGCUCUCAUUUGCAUUAUUUUAUAAAAUCAAGGAUUUACAAUACGAUAUAAGAUUGGGAAUAACAUUGUAUACCCAGAAAAUUAAUACAAAUAAAAUAAUUAUGGCUUUUCAUUAAUAAAGUAAUAAACUGAAAACUUU